GAUUCCGUCGCAGACUUCAGCACCAAUUUUUUCGGCAAGUGGGACGCCUUCGAUGGUUCGUUGGUCUCCUUUCAGCUUUGCUUUAUUCUUGCCGUCAUCGGAUCCUUCGUCGUCUGCGGCUUUGCGGCCCUCGGCGUCUUCCUCACAGGCCUCCCCUGGCUGCUGACCAGCUCUCGGGGGGCUUGGGAUCUGCCCUGCGCGGCGGCGGUCCCGAGCCCUAGGCACGUCAGGGUCAAGAGCGCGCUCUGCUUAAAGGCCUACAG